AUGCAUGAUAGAUAUCACAGAACCAAAGAGUCGACCGUGUCAGUUGUCGAAAAGGUCACUGCAGUAAGUCCAUUACAGACGGUCGAACAGGUGGACACUACACUUAGCAGUGAUCGUGUCAAAUUGCAAACAGCUACUCGAGAUUCUGUAUUUCCUUUUCGUCAUCCUCAGUAUGGCGCAUAUAGCAGAAGUAGUGAAGGACACACGUCAUCCUUGACAUCACGGCCUGUUUUUGAAAAAGAUUUUCCGAUUGCAUCGAAGGAACCGAAGAUUGGUUCUAAUGUUGUGUUGCAUCGAGUUGAUUCCGAUUUCCGAACCAAUUCAAAAUUGGCGCUGAAUUUACCAAAUAAGAAGUGCAGUAAAUUUGGCAAAAAGAUCCCCGUAGACUCUCAACAUUUUGUACCUGCCGAGAAUCAAGAAAUUUUGGGGAGAUCGAAAAAUAAUACUGAGCACAUUUUUCCUACCGAUUGUUUCGGCAAAAAAACGAGAGCUGUUGAAAGUUUGAUCAUCAACUCUCAGUUAACUGAUAACUGCGAACCGCGGCGUAAGUCAUUAUACACUCUUCCAUUUGAUAAUAAUAUUGAAGUGUCAACUUCAGUCACUUAUAAAAUAAUGCCAGCAGUUGAGCAUGCUUCAUCAGAAUUAUGCACAAGUAAGGAUUCAGUGGGGAAAUAUAUCAAUAACGAAAACAUGGCAACCAGUAAUUGGGAUCCAACACUUCUCUUAAAUAAACUAUACGAGGUCAGUUAUGAUCCACGUAAGGAAUCAAAACUUAAUCGUUUUACUAAUAUGGAAGGACAUCUUGAAGUUCCCGUUGAUGAUGAAAGCAUAUACGCUGAGUUGCAAAAAAAUUGGGUGCAAAAAUAUUUUCGGACUAGAGAUGGACGUUUGCAGUGGUUUGCUUCACAUUUCGCAGAUGAUACGCCGGUCGGGGAAGUGCUGCUUUCUGGUUGUGAAGUAGAUGCCAAUAGGGAUGAAAAUGCACUUUAUAUACAUGGAGGAAAGAGUCAUAUCAGAAUGGUGUUGAGGAUUCCGCCAGGAGCCAAUGUGUUUGAUAAAUGGAGGAAAGCUAUGAACAGUCAUGCUGCUUCAUCGUAUCUUGAUACAUUCGUUAAUCCUGUUUAUCCUCCACUGCCUCAUAUCACCGAGAAAGUUGCUAUUAUCGAGCUCGGAUCAUGCUCAAUGCGAGCUGGUGUAUUGACAAUGGAACCUUCGCUACCGCAAUCGUUUUUUCCAACAGUAGUACUCGUUAAAGAUGAUGGUGAAUUCAUUGUUGGUGGUGAUGCAUUACUACCUGAGAAUCGUCGCAAAGGUGAGCUAAUAAGGCCACUACGCGCGACAGAUAUUUCAUUGCAGCGUUAUGUAUUUCACCGACCAGCUUUGAAAGCUUGCUUGCAGAAAUGUGUCGAUGAUUUAAAGAUCGAUCCGACGAAGUAUCGGGUUUUGCUCUCAAUUCCGCAAAAUAUUCCUACUGCUCUCAUUUCGGAUUUGUUAAAAAUUGUUUUGGAAGAAAUGUACUUCCAGGGUGCAGCAGUAUCACGUCAACCAAGCCUUGUAUUAUAUGCCUACGACGUAGCUACUGGUGUUGUCGUUGAUAUCGGCGAUUGUGUCAAUAUUGUGCCAGUAAUCGACGGUUAUGUUGUCGAUAGUGCGAUUGUGUCAUUGCCAUGUGGUGCGACUCAAAUUAUUAAUGCUUUGCAAGCAAAACUUAUGGAAUCUAACUGUGGUUACACUUUUCAAUCGUCAGUUGAAAUGCUCAUUUCACGCUUUGUUAUGGAGCAGGCAUGUUUUGUUGCUACCGACUAUGAGGAAGAAGUAAAAAAAUGUGCGAGUAACAGCUGCGAUAUAGAUGCAGUUGUUUCGAUUGAAGAAUUUGAACCAACCAGUGAAAUGAUAUCUUCCUUCAAGAUAAAUUCUGCUCGCUUUACUGCAACUGAGGGUUUAUUCAAACCGAAAAGGUGGGGUCUUGAUACGAAAGCUCUCCAUCAGCUGGUGUUUGAAGCCGUACAAUCUUCGCCUAUUGAUAGUAGAAAAACCUUGUUCAGGAAUAUAUAUCUAGCUGGUGGCGUCUCUUUACUUCCUGGCUUAGCCGAAAGAUUGGAAAUAGAAGUGGCAUCACUUGUAGCACCAAUUAUACAUACGCAGGUUCAUCUUUCACCGUGGAGGUACAACGCAGCAUAUCUGGGCGCACAGGUAAUCGCAUCGAGUACCCAUUUUGAUCAGACUUGUAUUACACUUGAAAGUCUCAGUGAUUUUCUUCAUCAGUUACAGAAUUCUACUUUUUAG